UCGUCUCUUCGACAUAGUCCAGAAUAGCAUCUUCUCACUAGCCAAGUGUCUUUCGUCCCGUGUAGUACCUAAGAUUUAAGUGUCCGUGGCAUCAAUAGCCUAACAAUGGCUGAACAGAAAAAGGCGCCUCUACUUAAGGUCCAAGAGGAUUUUGAAAAAAACAUUCAAGGAUUCCUUGGUGUCAACGAGGAUGUUGUUUUGAUUCUUGAUUACGAUGGCACCCUCGCCCCUAUUGCGGAACAAUUGGCCCCUAUGCCAAAAGACACUGAAUUGGCCAUCAAGAAAUUGGCUGCCAACGAGAAAGUCUUCAUGUGCAUUAUGAGUGGUCGCAACCUUGAUGAUAUCAAGAAGCACAUGAAAUUGGAAACCGUAACAUAUGCAGCCAACCAUGGUCUGGAGGUCGAAUAUCCUGACAAGAGCAAAUUCUCCAUUGAAAUGCCCCAAGCUCUUUUGGACAAAUACGGAAAAUUGUUGGAAGAGCUCAAGGAGAAGGUCGUGUGCAGCGGAGCGUGGGUUGAGGAUAAGAAAAUCGCUCUUACAUACCACUACAAAGGAGUCAAUGAUAAACUCCGUGCAAAGCUCAUUGAAGACGCUAAAAAGAUUAUUAAAUCCCAUGGAUUCCAGAUUAUUGACGCCCACUAUGCCAUUGAAGGAAAGCCCCCAGUAAAUUGGGAUAAAGGUGAGGCUGUUAAAAUGAUUCUCGAGAAGAAAUUCGGUGAAGAUUGGGCAAAGAAAUUGAAGAUCAUUUAUGCCGGCGAUGACACGACUGAUGAAGAUGCCAUGAAGGUACUCAAAGGUGUUGGCAAGACGUUCCGUGUAUCUGAGCAACCCAACUUGAAAACCUAUGCCGACUUCCAACUCAAAACGCCCAACGAGACCUCUCUCAUGUUGAAGUGGGUCCUAGACCAUUACCUUGCUAAGAAGAAAUAAAAAUCUCAUCAACAUUUACAUUACAUUUAAAUUUAUUCAAGAUUAUUUAUUUUUUCUAUCAACUUAU